CGAAUGCCCUGCCGGCCGGCUGCUUUCAGACCAGUGUAGAGAAAACACUCCAUUUAACUGCUUUAAAGCAACUGUUUUUGUCUGUUCUUGCCGGGGUUGACAGUUAAGACCCCUCCCCUUCACAGCCCACCGCUUCACGGCUUUAUUUUGGGAACGAAUCCGCCGCUUCUGCGUUUUUCCGCUCAAACGUCGCUCGGGUUUCUUAUUUAACGCCUUUGGUUUGGAUGCAUGUCGGUAACUGGACCUGCUGCGCGGACAUCCAGCAGGAAUUCUCUCCGUCUCUGUUCGUUAGCCCGGGGUGAGGAGCCGAGAGCCGAGCGCUUCCGAAGCUUCGCCGAGGUUUGCCGAACUGUCCCGUCCUGCCGGACUCGGCUUGAGGCGGCCCGCAAAAACGCCAUGUUGAGCUAAACCUGCGACCUUAAAUGAUAAACCGCGUCCAGAUCGGAGCCGAACGAGGACAGAGUGCGCGUGAGGCGAGUCUGGAGACGAGCCGGACCGAUACCGGGGGGUCUGUGGCGGUGCUGGGCGGAGAAAGGGAGGCGAACCGUCCCCAUGAAGAACAAGCAGCAGCGCGUAGCGUUACAGCCCGGAGAAAAACACUUCGCCCCGAAAAUGGCUUUUCACACCGAAACCCUCAACCCCGCCGUCGCGCUGAAGGAAGAGCAGGCCGCCGGUCUCUGUAUGACCCGAUAGGCGUCCGCGUGUAGCCGCACCGUUGGAUUCUCUUGUUCGUUUUUUGGUUUGUUUUGAUAUGAGUUUGCCGCCCAAAGUGGUGCCCAAACCCACCGGCGGGGUUGCGGUCGGUGCCGCCGUAGUAGGGCCGCCGCCGGCCGGCCAGCUGAGGGCGAACCUGCCGCCGGUUUCACUGACUCCCGGAGCCCCGACCGCCCCGCAGCCGCCAGCCGCGGUGCCGCCGCCUCAAAUCUCACGGGUGCCGCUGUCGCUGGAGGAGCGGAUAUUUCCCGCCCAGCCGGGCGUGACUGCAGUGUACAGCGUUCCUCGGCACCCGGGUCCUCCAUAUCCAGGCCACGAUCUGAGCAAAGCUCAUCCUAAUCUAGGGGGCGCGCCACCCACUCUGUCUCAGAUAUCCACACCCACUGCCCCGUACCGCUACAUAAAGGGCUGGGAGACAGGAGGAGGGUCUCCGUACAGCCCAACACAGAACGCCGGCUCUGCCCCCAUCAUUUACUCUCCACAGACGCAGCAAGUGAACGUACAGCCUCCCAGUCGGCCGUUUGUGACGGGGCCUCGACCCACCCACCACCAGUUUCUGCACAGGGCUCAGAUGCAGACGACUCGUGCUGCUCUCCCUUCGAACGCUCCCUCCAUCCGGCCCGGCUCUCAGACUCCAGCAGCCGCUGUUUACCCCCCCAAUCAGACUAUCAUGAUGACCAUGACCCCGAUGCCCUUCCCCUCACAGACUGCCCAGUACUACAUCCCACAGUACCGUCACAGUGCACCUUACGUCGGACCCCCGCAGCAGUACUCCGUGCCUCCCCCAACCUCCGGAACCUUCUACUCUGGGCCUGGACCAGGAGAAUAUCCCACACCAUAUGCUACAGCAGCUGCCGGUCCAGCUUAUUUUCCGGGUCAGACGGUGUUCCCGUCCUCCGCCCCCAUUAUAGUGCCUACAGUACCGCAGCAGCCUCCGCCGGCCAAGCGUGAGAAGAAGCCAAUCCGGAUCCGUGAUCCUAACCAGGGAGGAAAGGACAUCACAGAAGAGAUCAUGUCCGGGAGCAGGAAUCCCACACCCCCUGUGGGGAGGAAUUUCUCCACCCCCACACCCCCCCAGCAGCGGAGUGCGAGUCAGACUCCAGAUCAGUUGGCCUACAGUGUGGAUCCACCGUACAGACUCAGCCCUGUGUCAACAGACAGCAAACCUGCGCUGGAGGACAAGCCCAGAGCGGAUUCCAGCCUUCAGAAACCUUCAUCACCUGGACUUCGGCCUUCAGAAUCCUCCACAGAAAGGAGAGAAGCCCCAAGUCUUCCUUUAUCAGACUCUUCUUCUCCUCCUCUCAAGGAGCCGGAGCUGCCUACAGCGCCCCCUAGCGUUCCUCUUCCUCUCAACACCUACAAGCCCACUGCCGCAGGAGAACCCGAGGAACAUCUUCAGACGGUUUCUACGGUUCCUGCUGUUUUAGGCCAGUCGUCUGUUUCUGAUACAGAAACCUCUCAACUAGAAGCUUCUCCGAGUCCGUCGGCCUCUCCUUCACCUCCUUUGAAGGCGGUUAACGGUUUAGCUGAGUCUCCAGCACCUUCUCCCUGCUGUGACACAGAAUUUUCAUCUCAGGAGAUCCUCCCUGCUUCUCUGCCCGACCCUCAGUUUUCAACCUUAAGCUCGGUUCUCAUGGAAGAACCUCAGAAGGAAACUCUAGAUUUAAGAGAACACAUCCAGGAGGAGCGUCCUUCAUCUCCAUUUGACCAUGGUACCCGGAAUUCAUCCACCUCUACAACCUCCUUGCCCUCUAGCAUCACCCCGGCUGCGGUAGCGCCCCCUCCUGGCCUCUCCACAGAGCUUCACACAAGUUCCUGUGAAACUGAUGAAAGAAGCAAAACCGCAAACACUAUUAAUGUAAACCUGAAAGCUGAGGCAGACGUACAGGAGACUGAUGGCUGUUCAGAUGCUAUUCAGAGUCAAACUAAUUCCAGAAAAACGAUGCCAACAGCUGCCUCUGUUGCACCAAAGGGCUGGAAAAGACCAAAUGAAGACUGUGUGGAUGUGGAGCCUCUACCCCAGGAGAGUGAGGAGGGAGCCGACUCGGCUGGAGACGAUGCAUCUCAGCCAGAGACCACAAAUGGCUCCACUCCAGUCCAGGAGCUCCAGGAGAACCUUCCUGUUCUGGAGGAGAACGGCGAGAUGGAGCCAGAGCCACUGAGGAACGGGGCGGGACACGAGACUGAGACAGAAAGUCUGGACAGUGGGGUCACUGAGGACCGAAAGAGCCCCACAGGGACAUCGUCACUCAUACAUGAAGUGCUCGUCCAGUCCAAUGGUAAGAAGCAGUAUGACCGGGACUUCCUGCUGGGCUUCCAGUUCAUGCCAGCCUGUGUGCAGAAACCAGAGGGUUUACCUCAGAUUAGCGACGUCGUUCUGGACAAGAUCAACCAAACCAAGGUGCCAUUGAUCCGGAUGGUGGAUCCCCGGCUGAUCUCCAGAGGGCCGGACUUCACACCAGCUUUCGCUGAUUUUACCAGACAGUUACCGGGAGCACGGGGAGCAGCACUGCUGAGCCUGACCGCCCGGCGGCCGCCUCUACGGAAGAUCAUCAUGAACGUCUCGGUGAACGACGACGUGCAGCUGAAAAAGGCUGAAAACGCCUGGAAACCUGGCCUGAAGAGAGAGGCAGUUAAAGAAGAUCCAGACGCACAGAAAACUCAGGAACUUCUGCGAAAGGUUCGGAGCAUCUUGAACAAACUGACGCCACAGAUGUUCACGCCGCUGAUGAAGCAGGUGACUGACCUCACCAUCAACACGGAGGAGCGGCUGAAAGGGGUCAUAGACCUGGUGUUCGAGAAGGCCAUCGACGAGCCCAGCUUUUCUGUGGCCUACGCCAACAUGUGCCAUUGCCUGGCUACGCUAAAAGUACCCAUGGCGGACAAACCUGGCACCACGGUGAACUUCCGGAAGCUUCUGCUGAACCGCUGUCAGAAAGAAUUUGAACGGGAUAAAAUGGACAACGCUGAAUUUGAGAAGAAGCAGAAGGAGCUCGACUCAGCAGCAUCAGUCAGUGAAAAGGAGCGUCUGCAGGAGGAGCUGGAGGAAGCGAAGGAUAAAGCCCGUCGGCGCUCCACUGGGAACAUCAAGUUCAUUGGCGAACUGUUCAAGCUUCGGAUGCUGACGGAGCCCAUCAUGCACGAUUGCGUGGUCAAGCUGCUUAAGAACCACGACGACGAAAGCCUGGAGUGUCUCUGUCGGCUGCUCACCACCAUCGGCAAGGACCUGGACUUCGAGAAGGCAAAGCCUCGGAUGGACCAGUACUUCAACCAGAUGGAGAAAAUCGUCAAAGAGCGCAAGACCUCGUCCCGGAUCCGCUUUAUGCUUCAGGAUGUGAUUGAACUGAGAUUGCAUAACUGGGUGUCACGCAGGGCUGAACAGGGACCAAAGACCAUUGAGCAGAUCCAUAAAGAGGCCAAGAUCGAGGAGCAGGAGGAGCAGAGAAAAGUCCAUCAGCAACUGCUGUCCAAGGAGAAGAGGAGGCCAGAACCGAGGGAUCUGCGUGGUCAGAGAGAGGAGACCUGGAGUACCGUACCAGUGACCAAAAACAGCAGAACCAUCGACCCCACCAAAAUCCCCAAAAUUUCUAAGCCUCAGAUUGAUGAUAAGAUCCAGCUGGGGCCGAGGGCUCAGAUAAACUGGGUGAAGGGCAGCAGCGGAGGAGCCAAAGCCAGUGAUUCUGAAUUGUCCCGCACUGGUAGCAGCUCUCUGAACCGGUAUUCAGCGCUGCAGUCAUCCACAGCCCAGUCCAUGCUACCUCCAGCACAAGCCCCAGAACCUGAGUCUAGACGCCCUCUUGCAAGCCGGGUCAGCAGCACUCGGAGUGAAAAGGUUCCGAGUUCGGGUCCUUCGAGGCCUCUGAGUCGCGGCAGCAGCAGUAAAGAGCUGCUGGACCCGGUGGCCCCUGAGGAGUCGCGAGGAGACGACACGCAUACACCAACACGCAAAACCAGCAUCUCGGAGGACAGGAGCGACACGCCGCUCGGCAGAGCCAGAGAACCCUCAGUGAAGAGAGAAAGCCCAGUCACUGUGGUGCCAGCGAAGCCUGUCCUGUCAGAGGAAGAGAUGGAGAGGAAAUCCAAAUCCAUCAUUGAUGAGUUUCUGCACAUCACUGACUACAAGGAGGCGGUGCACUGUGUGGAGGAGCUGGAUCAGGCAUCCCUGGCAGUUUUUGUGCGUGUGUGUGUGGAGUCGACGCUGGAGCGCAGUCAGAUUGCCCGAGAGCACAUGGGUCAGCUGUUCUAUCAGCUCAUUCAACAGGGCAGCCUGCCACGGGCACAGCUGUACACAGGGUUUGCGGACACUCUGGAGAUGGCCGAUGAUAUGGCCAUAGAUAUCCCUCACAUUUGGCUCUAUCUGGCUGAGCUGCUCUGCCCUUUGCUCAAAGAGGGAGGAAUCCCCAUGAGAGAACUUUUCACUGAACUGAGUAAACCGUUACUCCCCGUGGAGAGAGCUGGAGUAUUAUUAUCGGAAAUACUGCACCUACUAUGCAAGCAAAUGAGCCAUAGAAAAGUGGGGGCUUUAUGGAGGGAAUCUGGCCUGAGCUGGAGUGAUUUCCUGUCAGAAGAACAGGAGCUCCAGAGCUUCAUCUCAGAGCAGAAGCUGCAGUUUACUGUGUCCGACUGCUCCUCCGCCUCGUCCGCUGCCUCCAAACCCAGCCUGUCCUCAGAGGAGCUUCAUAAACAACUAGAGCGCCUCCUGCUGGUGGACAUGGCCAGCGAUGAGCAGAUAUUCGACUGGGUGGAGGCAAAUUUAGACGAAUCUCAGAUGAGCUCCUCCUCCUUCCUGAGAGCUUUAAUGACUGCAGUGUGUAAGGCAGCAGUUACAGAUGAUAAUUCUUCCUGUAAAGUGGACACAGCCAUCAUCCAGAAGCGCCUGCCUGUGCUACACAAAUACCUGAACUCCGAUACGGAGCGUCAGUUGCAGGCACUUUAUGCUCUGCAGGCAUUGAUAGUGAACCUGGAUCAACCACCCAAUCUGCUGCGGAUGUUCUUUGACUGCCUCUAUGACGAGGACGUUAUUUCAGAGGAUGCUUUCUACAAGUGGGAAGCGAGUAAAGACCCGGCCGAGCAGGAGGGAAAGGGCAUAGCGCUAAAAUCCGUCACUGCCUUCUUCACGUGGUUACGAGAGGCAGAGGAAGAGUCGGAAGACAAUUGACCAGAACAAGCGGCGGCCGGCUGUUUAAGGCCCGGAGGCACGCUGCUGAUUAUACAUCGAAAAACUGCAACUUCAUAACUCUUAAAUGACUAGUUAGAGACUUGCUCCCCCAGGUGGCCAGGCACAGACACGGCAGCAGCGCAGUUCCUGCGGUACAGCUUUGGAUCGCCCCGUCAUAUUGUGCUCGUAUCCCUCCAUUAAGAGGGACAGGGCCCUAAACUCCUUGUAUCUUAUAUAGAUUUUUUUUUUUACAUUUUAAGUUUUUGGUUGCUUUUGUUACAUUUAAAGAAAAGACUUAAGAAAUAGGUUCUGAACUCUAUAAUUUAUUAUUUUUUUAAGAAGGCCGCAAAUACGUACGUCUGUUUAACAUUUGCAGGUGCUCACAAUGCGGAGAUCAUUGGUGGUAGAAAUAACAGAAUAUAUAAUUAUCUUAAUAAUAAUAAUAGUUCUUAAGAAAUAAGUCGUUUUAGCCUCCCUGGACUUCCAUGUCAUUUGGGCUUAACAGAAGAUUGAAGAGGAUGGAGGUGUUUUGUAUGAAGGGAAAGACACAGACACCUGUGGUUUUUCUCUGGUUGUUUAUGUCUCAGGUUCUCUUGAGUAACACCAGUAACUGCUCCUGCUGCUUCGUCUUGCUCAGUGCGGAUAUCGGUUCAGCUUUCUCCAAUAAAGGUAAUGCAUCUGGGAAAAAAUGCAUAGGACAGAUAAAUAAGUGAACAAAUGACAAACACUAAGUGAAUUUGGGGGUUAAAAGAUGCAAAACACUACUAAUGCAAGUCAAACCAGCUCCAGAGUCGCUCUGUCUGCUUGUAAUAAAGAUCUAUAAAGGAAAUGUAAAACUUGUAAAUAUAUUAAAGACUGUAAAAGAUAUUUAAAAAACAAAA